AUGUUCGAUAAAUUGUUACGGGAAGAGGCAGAUUUCAAACAGAAAGGCUCUGGAUGGUCGCUUAAGGUAAUAGAAACAAUGCAGUUAAGAAUCAAUAUAGUGAAUCCUCUCAAAGGAGGAACAUAUAUUGAUUUACCCAAACAUGUUAAAGAUAAAAGAGCGAUUAUCAAUGUAAAAAAUAGUGAUAAUAAAUGUUUUAAAUAUGCAUUAUUAUCUAAGUUUGAUAAUCGCUCUAACAAAACUAAUUUUAGUGAAAAAUAUUUUAAGAUUACUCAACCGUGUGAAAGUAAGCUUUGGGGUGUGAAAGGAUUAAAUGAACAUCAGCGUAAUUGUGGAAAGAAUCCUUUGGGGAGACCUAUAAUGUUUGAAAAGGGAGAUGAUGAUUUCAUCUAUUUCAAAGGUUAUAAAAAAACCCAGAAGAUUCCAUUUGUAAUUUAUGCAGAUUUUGAAUGUUUAUUAACUCCCAAACAGCCCAAUGAAUUCAUUAAAAAAUGUAAAAAACAGAAAACUCAUGUUACGCAUUUGCAUGAGAUUAUGAGUUACGGGUUUUAUGUAAAAGUUGACUAUAACAUUAUUUCAAAAGAGCUGGUAAAACUUUUCAACAUUCCGAGGAAGGUUAUUAUUUAUAGAGGUGAAAAGGCUGCAAAAAAGUUUAUGAAAAAUAUGAUUGAAAUCGGGAAUAGUAUCAAUAAAAUUUAUCAAAUUAAUACACCGAUGAUAAAAUUAACUGGAAAAGAAGAAGAACAUUUUCAAAGAACUAAAUUUUGCGAAAAAUGUUUAAAACAUUUUAAAAACAACAAUUUAAUCAAAGUCCGAGACCAUUGUCAUUUUACCGGUAAAUAUAGACAAUGUCUCUGUCUUCAGUGUAAUUUUGAAAUAACAACUCCAUCAUUUGUUCCGAUUUUUUUCCACAAUUUGUCGUAUGAUAGCCACUUUAUUAUUCGAGAACUUGGUUGCGAUGAUAAAGAUAUUCAUAUUAUCCCAAAUUCUUCAGAAAAAUAUAUAUCAUUUAGCAAGGAAAUCGCACCUAGGUUCAGCAUAAAAUUUGUUGAUACGUUCCGUUUUAUGAGUGAAUCGUUGAGUAAACUUGCAACCAAUUUAUCCGAAGAUAAGACAAGGUUUAGGGAAACUCUCAAAAUAUUUUCCAUGCAAUCGUUAGAUCUAGUUACCCGGAAAGGAGUCUUCCCAUAUGAAUAUGUUGACAGUUGGAGUAAAUUAGACAAUGCUUUUUUACCGACAAAGCUGCAAUUCUACAACUCUCUAACUGACGAGAACAUAAGUAAUGAAGAUUACAUACAUGCAAAAAAUGUAUGGAAUACAUUUAACAUAAAGACUUUGGGUGAGUAUAGCGAUCUCUAUUUAAAAACUGAUGUUGCUAUACUAGCUGACGUGUUCGAAAAUUUUAGAGACAUAUGUUUAUCAACGCUUAGACUAGAUCCUGCUCAUUAUAUGACUGCUCCCGGAUUUGCUUUUGAUUGUAUGCUUAAGUAUACAAAGGUUAAAUUAGAGAGGUUAAAGGAUUAUAAUAUGUUACUUUUCUUUGAAAAAUCAAUUCGCGGGGGUAUUUGUCAAUCAACUAAAAGAUAUGCUAAAGCAAACAUACCAAAUAUUGAAGGAUUGGAUUAUAAUUCGAAUGAACCUAUUACUUGGAUUACAUAUCUCGACUGUGUAAAUUUGUAUGGGAAGUCUAUGUUAACAGAAUUACCUUUUAAAGAUUUUGAAUGGGUCGAUAAUCUCGAUAUAGAUGUAACUAAAAUUCCUGAUGAUUCUGAAGUAGGAUAUAUAUUAGAAGUUGAUAUCGAGUACCCUAAACAUUUACAUAAAACCCAUAAUGAUUUCCCGUUUUUACCGUUUAACGAAUGUCCACCAAAUUCAAAAGUUGAGAAAUUGUUAACUACUUUGUCAUCGAAAAAAAACUAUAUUGUACAUUACAAAAAUUUAAAACAAGCGAUUUCUCACGGACUUAAAGUAGUAAAAAUUCAUCGAGCUAUCCGUUUUUUACAAAAAAAAAUGGAUGGCAUCGUAUAUUGA